AUGGCUGUGAGAUCGGGGAGAAAGAGCGCCGUAGAUGGUGCUCCUAUUCUUCCUGAGAUAAAAACCAGUAUUUUUCUCGAAAAGUCGGUGAAACGACGAUGUAGUAGCAAGUCCUCAAGUAGCCCACCGGGGUUGUGCGGUGAAUGCGUAUUUGCGCUGAUAACGCAUCAGGGGUAG